AUGAUGGCCACCACCUCCUUCGCGAACCCCAUGGCCAACUCCAAAUACUACAUGAACCCAUCCGCAGGGCCCUCGCCGCCCGACGCCUACACCUCCAUCCCACCUACGUCGCAAACCCCACCUUCGAACAACAUCUCACCCACCAACUACCACUCCAACGUCAAUGUACGCCAGCUGCGCCAACCUCGCCAACCCCUCUACACCCCCGCCGCGCUCCGACCAAACGACAGACUCGCCAGACCGACCGAUAUCCCAGGUCGACCUCGAGCACCAGACACCCCACCUGCCAGCCAAGACAGCAGCUUCGACAGUGCAAGAACCGAUCCAGCGUCGGCGGUCGAGUUUGGACCAGGACUGCCGCCAGAGGGACUGGCUAGGCAGGGGACCGGCAGUAUACACCAGAUGUUAAGCAGUUCAGAUAGCGAGGACCUCUCGCGAGAUGAGUGGCGUGAGGUGACAGGGCCACCGACCACGGCUCACUGGAAACCGGACGAAUCGUCCAACUCCUGCUACGUCUGCAGCGAAUCAUUCACCUGGUUCUUUCGACGACACCACUGUCGACGCUGCGGCAACCUGGUGUGCGCGACCCACGUCCAACACAGCGUUCCCCUCGACCAGAACGCUCGAUUCCACCCAGAAGGCCAGACUAGCAAAGCGUGCAAGCCUUGCUCCGACCGCUGGAAGGAGGUGAGGAAACAAUUCCACUCCCGUGCAUCCAGCAUCGCCGAGUCCAACAACUCUGGCAACUCUGGCAAUACCGCCGUCCCUAUCAAGAAGGCCUCAAGAACCGUCGAAGAGCUGCGUGUGGGCAGCAUGGCUCGCUCAGAGGGUGGCAUGGUCUGGAGCACCUUUUAA